GAAGGACAUCAGUGAUGAUUUGAUGAAGGGGUUUGCCUUUCUUUCUGGUGGCCGCGGGAAGGACAGCGCCUGGAUUAUCACCCUCCCGGACAACGCUGCCUUCAACGAGGUGCCCGAGGAGAUCGGAGCCAAAGUCCUAACGUACCUGACGUCAGUGCCGAGUCAACAUGAGUCUGACACCAAAUUUAUCCUGAUCCUGGACAGAAGACUGGAUACAUGGACAUCUGUCAAAAUGACUCUUCAAAGAAUAGCAGCGUCUUUCCCAGGGAGCCUGCACUUAGUGAUGGUUCUUCGUCCCACGGGGUUUUUCCAACGCACCUUCACUGACAUUGGCUUUCGGUUUAGUCAGGAGGAUUUCCUACUCAAAUUACCGGUGGUUAUGCUGAGCUCGGUCAGCGACCUGCUGACGUACAUCGAUGAGAAGCAGCUCACRCCGGAGUUCGGAGGCACCCUGGAGUACUGCCACAGCGAGUGGGUCAUCUUCCGAACGGCAAUAGAGAGCUUUGCCCUCACCGUGAAGGAGAUCGCCCAGAUGCUGCAGUGCUUCGGCACGGAGCUGGCGGAGACRGAGCUGCCGGAUGACAUGUACUCGAUCGAGCGCAUCCUGGCGCUGCGCACCGACAAGUACUGCCAGCUCAAGGAGGAUAUUACAGCAGUCAAAAAAGAAGGAAACUUGCUUUUAAGUACUUUAGAAGAGCCCGACGCUGAUGAAUGCAGUGAGGACCUGCACCGUGAGAGACCCGGGGACUGGGAAACUGUGAAUCGGUUACUUGGUCAACUGCGAGAGAUGGAGACUGCUUUUGACGGCUUCUGGGAAAAGCACCAGUUAAAAAUGGAACAAUAUUUACAGCUCUGGAAGUUUGAACAAAGUUUUCAAGAGGUCAAAAAUGCCAUUGAAUUUUUAAUGGGGCAGCAAGCAGAAGUGCCUGACACUGGAGACAGCGUCUCCCAAGUGAAACAGAGGCUCAAGGACUUGGGCCAUUUCGAUGGACUGGCUCAGGACCUGAUAGGGAAGGCUCAGGUGGUGAUACUGCACGGGCACCAGCUAGCAGCAAACCAUCACUACGCGCUCAACCUCAUCUGCCAGCAAUGCAACGAGCUGCGGCACCACUCCGACCUCCUGUCCGAGGAGAUCAAAAGGAAGAACACACGGCUGCAGAAGACCUUGGACCUUCAUACUCGCCUGCAGCAGGCCCUGCAGUGCUGCGACGAAGGCGCUUACCUGCUCGCUAACCAGCCGAUGGACAAGUGCCAGUCCAAAGAAGGUGCUCAGAAAGCUCUCCAAGACAUAGAAAGGUUUCUGGAAAGCUCCUCGCCCUACUUAAACCACGAUGCCCAAGCCCUGCAUUAUGAUUUUGAGUCAGUCCUGACGCCCGAGUUGAAGUGCCAGAUACAGUCAGUGCAGGUCAAGCUUGAGAACGUCCGAAGCAUGUUUGAGAAUCGCCAGUCUUGCUUCAAGAAGCUGUUGGAUAAACAUGUGCGGCCCGUCCAAUUAGUAGCCCCUCGGCCAGAAAAUCCCCCAAGAUCAAAAUCACCGUUAUUCUCUCCCAAACACGGUGUGGAUUUUAAUUCCAGUUUGAAGUUUUCAUUUGAUCUUUCUCUCCCUGGAAAGAAAACUUCAAGAAAAACUCCAAAUUCUCGCAAGAUYGAAGUGAUGCACGAUUAUCAGGAAAAACGGAAUUCCUUGCAGUCUUUUAUCUCGGACAGUGAUGACAACUUAGAUAUACUAAAAGGCCAUGUCAUAAAUGAGCUUAUAGAAACGGAGAGGGUGUACGUGGAGGAGCUGUUCACUGUUCUGACGGGCUACCGAGCUGAAAUGGAUAACCCGGCCAUGGUCCUCCUCAUGCCUCCCAUGCUGAGGAACAGGAAGGACAUCCUCUUCGGGAACAUGCCAGAGAUAUACGACUUCCACAACAAAAUUUUCCUGCACAGUCUGGAAGGCUGCCUGGGAGCACCCGAGCGAGUGGGAUUUUGUUUCCUGGACAGGCGAGAGGAUUUCCAGAUGUAUGAAAAAUACUGUCAGAAUAAGCCGCGGUCGGAGUCUCUGUGGCGGCAGUGUUCGGAGAGCACCUUCUUCCAGGAAUGCCAAAGAAAAUUAGAACACAAACUCGGCCUGGAUUCCUAUUUGCUCAAACCAGUACAGCGCCUGACAAAAUACCAGUUACUUUUGAAGGAGCUGCUAAAGUACAGCACGAGCUGCGAUGGAGUUCAGGAACUUCAAGAAGCUCUUGUUGCAAUGUUGGAUUUGCUAAAGUCAGUCAAUGACUCUAUGCAUCAGAUUUCAAUAACAGGAUAUGAUGGGGACCUGAGUGAACUAGGAAAAGUGUUGAUGCAAGGCUCUUUCAGUGUUUGGACGGGACACCGAAAAGGUCCGACCAAAAUGAAGGAUCUUGCCAGGUUCAAGCCCAUGCAGAGGCACCUCUUCCUGUACGAGAAGGCCUUGGUGUUCUGCAAGAAGAGGGAGGACCACGGAGACGGAUAUGAUAAAACCUCAUCUUACAGUUUUAAGCACUUUUUGAAAAUGAAUGCAGUUGGAAUAACGGAGAAUGUUAAAGGAGACCAUCGAAAAUUUGAAAUCUGGUAUAGUGGGCGAGAGGAGGUCUAUGUUGUGCAGGCCCAAACAGUAGACCUGAAGAUGGCAUGGUUAAACGAAAUCAGAAAAAUUUUGUUCAAGCAGCAGGAGCUGAUAAAAGUUGAGAAGCAGCAGCCAAGCUCGUGCGUGGACCAGCUGCCCCUUUCCUCGCAGCUGAGCGAUGGGAAGCAGCAGAGAGCCUCCAUAAGCUCGGAAGAAAACGACUCUGAACGUACCAGUCCCGUUCUGCUGGAGAGUGUCCCCAUGUCACCGCAGAACAAGCCCAGCAGAAGCUGGCCGGGAAUGUCGCAGUCGCUGGAAAUCUGCGAGGGGCUGGAGGAGUGGUCUGGGAACCAGUAUCUUUCCAACUGCUCGGACACGGAGGAGGAGGAUGGCAACCAGCUGUCUCCAGGAAGAUAUAAAGCCCUUGCAGACUGUAAGAGGAGAGGAUCAGAGGACCUGCUAGUGAAGAAUGGAGAUGAAAUUCAGCUUUUACACGAAGAUGGUGAGGGACAGUGGUUGGUGAAAAACCUGAACAGAAGAAAAGAAGGCUGGGUUCCUGUCCACAGUCUGCAGAUAGUGGUCGGUGACUGUAGAUUUCGGAAUGCCAAAGUUGCAGAUGCUGCCCUGUGUAACACAAGAAAGUUUAGUUCCCCUUGAAUUAAGGGUGAACCAGUAGCAUCCUAUUUUCGAUGCUCUUUGGAAGCUUUCAGCAAAGUGUUACAGAGAAAUAGCACAGUAGUUGGAGUUGUCCUGUACUAUUCAUCACAUUCACAGAACUCCACAGCUUCAUCUGCACUCAACGGGACCGGGGUCCUGAGCAGCUUCUCAUAGUCAUAAAGGAAGCCAUCCUCUGCUCUUUGCUUUUCUUUUUUUCUUUCCCUAUGGAAAGUACAGUAUUUUAUUAUUUUUAUCUGCUGUUUUUCCAUGACAUCCAUCACGUUUCCAUCAACGAAGUACGCCACGGUUUCCUGACACUUUGUUUAGAUGCUUGAAAUUUUCUAUACAGGUUGAAGGCUUUAUCUACUUAAAGACUACUGACAACUGUCGAAGUUGAUUGCAAAUAAGAGUUGAGUUUUGAUAAGCCAAAAAAAAAAAAAAAAAAAAAAAAGUUGUAUGUCCUGCUUAAUUGAUUUAAUGAAUGGAUUUUUCUUAAAAAUCUACUUCAGCUGGAUGAAUGUAAUAUUCUGUAAGAGCAUCAUCUGGCUGACUCACAUGUGAAGAUGCAAUAAUGCUCAAGAUCCUCUUUUUGCACUUAGGGUCUGAUUCCAGCCCACUGCAGUCAGCCCCAUUGAUUUCAGUGAGGUGUGGGUCAGGUCGAACUGACAACUCAGGGUUGUCAUGAAUCACUUUAGGGUUCCAAAGUGUUCCAAGGCUACAACCUGUAUCUAGCAAGUGUUGAAGUUUACAUUAAAUGUAUGUACUUUUGGAACAUGUGCCAUAAAUCCAAGUUAAAUGUCCAUGUUUGCACUAACGAUGUUCUUGAUAAGACUGUACUUUUCAACAUCUUUAAUGAUAAUGUGUCUGUUGGGUUUUUGAGGAAGAAAAAGACUAUUGAACAUUCAUAAUUUAAUUUUGUAUUUCUUUGUCUAGCUUUGCUUUUGUGGUACAUAGGUACAGGUGGUUUGACUUCUAAACAGAUGUAUACAAAGAGCAUCUGACUAUCAAAAACAGGGUUAAUAGUAUGCAUGCGGUAGUGAAUUUGCUCUGUCCCAUCUAAAUGAAAUGUUUUCUACUCUGGACGAAUGGGGGACCUUUAUGAUYUGACAUGGACUUGUGACACACGGAUUCUUGGUUGGAGUCCCAAGUUGUUUCAUUAAAACAUACUGGAGGGUUUUUUUUGGAGGUGACCAUUUUUGCACAGAGGAAUUUUUGAAUGACUUCAUGGCCAUUUUGGCCUGGUUGACUUCAACGCUGCUCUGCAGCUGUGGGCAUUUUCCCAGUUCCAGUGGUCAGGACCACGAGUAACCCUCCUACAUCGUCAAAAGUGUGACCAGCUGAGUUUGAACUGAGCAUCACUGCAUGGCCUAGAACACUCCCAAGUACCAUUAAAUCACUGGAAAUCAUCCCAGGAAGGUUUUAAGUCACUGAAUUAUAUUUCUGUUUGUUUAAAAAUUGGUCAUGAUGCAUUUGCUAGGUGGAAAAAAUAGGAUUCUAUUAUGUUACUUUGGGGCUGUUUAUAGUGGCAACAAUUCUUGUGGUAACAGUACAUAUUUUGAGGUACAAAUGUAAAUAUUUGUCUCAGACAUAGCACACGUUGCAUAUUAAAAUGGUUUUAAACUUUUUUGUCUUCCAUGGUUUUAAAUCUACACUUUUUAUUAAUUUAUGAGAGGGACUGGUUCUGCAACUCUGAAUGUACAGUCUUAAGAUUUUUAACAUUUGAAACUUUGCACACUCCACGUUACAUUACCUUAUGUAUGCUGUUCAAGUAGGCUCCUCAUGUACAUGGUAUUAUAAAUUACAGUGGAGAUUUUUCUCUGACUGCRAGUUUAAAUGAAUUAUAUUGUAUAUG